CCGCCGGCACCCGCCGGGAUCCGCCGGGAUCCGGGACCCCCCAGAACCUCCCCGUUCCCGGUGGAUCCCCCGCAGGAAAUGUGCCGGGCGGCCUCGGAGGCGCUGCAGCCCGAGGCUGCUGCGGGAUCCCAGCAGGAUCAGCAGGAUCGUGACCGGGAUCAGCGGGAUCACGAUCGGGAUCACCACCGGGAUCACCACCGGGAUCCCGGCGGCGCCGCCGGCAGGAUGAUCACCAACAGCCUGAGCCGGGACCCCGCCCCCCGCGCCCCCCGGAAGCCGCCCGGCGCCGGCAUCUCCGUCACCGUCCCCAACGGGGCCGCCAAGGCCGGCGGAUCGGCUCCCGCGGCGCCGGCGCUGCCGCCCAAGCGGCGCCGGGUGACGGCCGAGGCCGAGGGCCAGUACGUGAUCUCGCUGCCCAAGGGCGCCGCGGCCCGCGGCCGCCAGAUCCUGCGCCUGCCGCCCGCUCCAG